AAAGGACAGCAGCAUAACCAGCCAGCUGUCGACCAUUACAGUGACCCAGAGACGUCACAGUUUUGUUUGCCAUUGGAAAAUUGGAAAGCACCCUAUUCAUCCCGACAUUGGAAAAUUUGAUUUAGAGUUUGUAUCAAGAGAAAUCCAAAUCCUCACAUUAAUGACCCAAUAGAGAGGAAUUCUAUUCUACAUAUACUAAACGUGAAUGCACUGUUAACUGUUCAUAAGAUGUUGUGCUUGCUACUGCUCAGUUUAUCGUUUUGAGAUCACAGGUCUCACAAAUCCAGGACUGUUCGAGGCAAAAUAAGUAAAAGACUGAAACUAAGUAAGCUGAUCGAUCAAGAACAUGGCAGUUAAUUGUGCUACUUCCAAUUCCCAAUAUGAUCGGCUCAAAGAAGUUAAAGAGUUUGACGAAUCAAAGAUGGGAGUAAAGGGUCUUUCCGACUCUGGCAUCACUUCUAUUCCUCGCUUCUUCAUACAUCCACCAGAAACUCUUCCUUGUAAUAACUUAAACUCUAGCACCAACACUACCUCCAUCCCCCUACUCGACUUAGCCAACCUCAAUUCCCCCACCCAUCGUCCCCAAAUCAUCCAACAGAUUAAAGAUGCCGCCUCCACGUGGGGUUUCUUCCAAGUCAUCAACCACGGUAUACCAGCAUCAGUCCUCGAUGAGACGAUCCAAAGCAUCACAGCCUUCCAUGAACAACCUCACGAGAUCAAAGCCAAACACUACAGACGCCAAGAGCACCACGGUGUCAUGUACACUAGCAACAAUGACUUGUACCGGAGUAAAGCGGCCACGUGGCAUGACUCCCUUCAGGUGUAUACAGCACCGGAGGAGAUGAAGGUGGAGGAUGACAUCCCAGGGGUUUGCCGUAAGGAGGUGAUUGCAUGGGAUUUUCAUGCAGUCAAAGUAGCCGAGGCAUUAUUUGAGUUGUUGGCUGAAGGUCUUGGUUUGGAAGCUGGGAAGUUCAAGGAGUUGGGUUUUAUGAAAGCUAGAUUAUUUUUGGGUCACUGUUAUCCCUACUGUCCGCAACCAGAUCUGACGGUGGGAAUCAAAUCUCAUACUGAUGCCGGUUUGACAGUGUUGCUACAGAACCAGGUCGGAGGGUUGCAAGUGAAGCGAGGGAGUGAGUGGGUGGAUGUUAAGCCCUUGCCUGGGGCAUUGACUGUUAAUAUUGGUGACUUCAUACAGAUCAUAUCAAAUGGGGAGUAUCAAAGCGUGGAGCAUCGAGUAUUGGCAAACUCAUCGAAGGAACCAAGAAUCUCAGUAUUGAUUUUUAAUAACUUGGGGGGUUGGAAAGAGUCGGAUGAAUUUGGGCCACUUCCAGAAUUAUUAUCAGCAGAGAAACCAGCCCUUUAUCGAGGAUUCACUGUGCCAGAGUUCCUCCAAAGCUUUUAUAGCAAAGAAUUAGAUGGCAAAAACAUAGUAGAAAGAGUUACACUUCACUAAGCUAGUUUGUACCAUUUGGGUUCACCAAUUGACGCUGCAAAGGUUGAAGAGAAUGCUCAAAAAUGUAUGCAACGGCAGCCUUGCACGCAAGAACUUCAGCAUGCUGAGGAGAAAAAGGGCUCCCAACCGGCCCCCUCCUUCAGCAAUAAAGUGUCCAUGUGAAUCUCGGACAACAAAACCAAUAAAGUGUCCAUGUAGAAUGGUUAAAAGAACCAUCAAUAUUCAUAUCCUCAGUUCACGCUCCUACUUAGUUUGUUUACAGCUUUGUUUGUUUGGGCAGAGCGUCUGCUCUUUGUAUUUAGUUUCCAGUUUGCAUUGUAAGUUGGUUGGUUUUUUUAAUGCAUUUCUCCUUUGUCAAAAA